UGGACAGCUAGACAGAGAGAGAUAUCAGCCCUUUUCUCCUUUUAUUUCCUUUUAGAUUCCAACACAGGAUCGGAAUGGAAGAAUCCUCAAUUAUGAACACUUUCAGCAUCCAUGAUCAAAAAGAAUCUGAGCCUCCAACUACUGCCCAAGAAACGACAGAACAGGAAGUAACGACCCUGGUAUGUCCUUCUUCUCUUCCUCUUACUGCUGCACCUGAUGAAGAAUGGGCACCAAUACCCAAUGACAUCUUCUUCAAAGAUGAUACUACUACCUCUGCUCCAUGGGGAUUAGUUGCAGUGAUUCUGGGGAUCCUCAGCCUACUGUUGAUGAUAACAUCCAUAUUCUUUGGUUACCAAUAUUUGCAAAAUAUCAAGCAAUCACCUAGUCAGGUAGAUGGUUUCACCAAAGAGUUGGAGUCUUUCCACAACAAAGUAGAAAAUUUCACUGGACAACUGAAGAAAAUGCAAGAGGAUAUUUUACGGGAUCUUAAAAUCCGGAUUGAAGACUUAUUUGACAUUCUGAGGACUAGGAAGAUAAACCAAGGAAACUAUUCUGAACCUUGUCUGAAACACUGGAAGGAGUACAAAGAUAAAUGCUACAACGAAACUCUUAAGAUUGGGUCUUGGUCUAACUGUUCUGAUCUUUGCAACUCUAUGAAUUUUACAUUUUUACAAUCAGGAAACCACAUGCUAAUGGAGUUCUUGAUGACAUUUACAUUAAAUGAUAUCUGGAUAAGUGUCUCUUAUGAACAAGACAGUAAGGAGUGGAAGUGGAGAAGUGGCUCUUAUUAUCCUUUUCUAAAGUCACCAAAGCCAGAACAGGAUUUAAAGGAGUUAUGUGUAUAUAUAAAGUUAAACCCCAUGGGUUCCUAUCCCUGCGAUGAGACCUUGUCUUGUAUGUGUGAAAAAAAGACUUUCGGUGCUGAGAAUUAAGAUGACACGAGAAUCCAUUUCCUGAAAUGUCUCAAUCACAUCACAAUUCUGGGCCAUCACCAUGUCCUAUUUGUGUUUCUUGCUUUUGUGAUUUCUUGGCAUUUUAUGAUAUAUAUAUAUAUAUAUAUAUAUUAUAUAUACUUUCAAAAAAGAUUCUGUUUCAUGUACUAGCGAUGGAAGGAGAUAUUUUAUGGCUUUUUAAAAAAUGUUUUUCCAAUUACAUGUAAAAACAAUUUUAAAUAUUCUUUGUUUUUAAUUGAGUUCUAAGUUGGAAUUUCUCUAUCUUCCUUCUGCUCUUUCGCUCUCCCAGAGAUGGCAAGCAUUCUGAUAUGGCUUUUACAUGAAUAUUCUGGCUUCUGUAAGGAACUUGAGCCAUCAUAUUCUGCUGUUUCAGAACACCCAGGAACAAUAAGAGAAUUCUUUCAGAUAAAGUGACUAAUGAUAUAUCAUUUUGUUUGGAUAGGGAUACAUAUAACUGGGUUAAUGAAAA